CUCAUAAACAUCGUCGCCAUCUCGAUUCCAACGAUUCAGUCAUCCUGUCAUUAAUUUGGUCUGAAGACUGUGCUGCUGUAUCUUGAGAGAUCGGUGGGAAACCUGCCUAGUUUCUAGUAUCAGGCUGUGCAGUUCUCUCCUAAUUCUUCAGAUUUCUGAAAACAAUGAUGGUAAUGGGGCAUGUACAACCGCUAAGGUCUUCGUUUCAUAGCAAGACCGACCCUUUUCAUGGGCAUUCACAUCUCUCUCACCAAGAGCAAUACGUUGAAAGAACUCAGGGGAAAAUGAUACGGGGAGAUUUAUUGGCUGAUGCGCACAGCCACCAGACCACUCAUUCAGAAAAUGAUGGUGAAGACGAUGUCAACUUUCACGAUUACAUUCACUCGAAAAAUGACGAUGAUAAGGAGGCGGAUAACACUCACUUUGUAUCUCUACCCUUACCUCAAAAUAUGUCCACAAACGAUGUGACAGAUAUGGACAGUUCACGAGAUAAUCACCUCAAUAGUACUACCAAUAUUACUACAAAUGAGAGUCAACAGAUUCCUUCCUCCAGUGAUACAGAUACCCAUAUGUGCUCUGUAAAUAUUGAUCACCUUUAUGAAUCAACAUCAUAUCAAUUCCCUCCAUAUGAUCUCGUGCCUCCUCCAACUCAUGAUUUAUUUCGUACUCUGAUGGAAGAGCUUCAGACUCAGGCUGCUAUUCAACGAGAUCAGUUUAUGGCGCCCUCGACAAGACUCGAUUCCUCUGAAAGCAAUACAGAUAGCACUCACCAUGGCCACCAUGUGAGAUCCGUGCCGCGAUUCAUGAUGGAGCCCCUAGACUUUCUCAGUUCUACAUAUGAGUCCUGCUUAGAUCCAGAUUUGAAUCACACCAAUGAAUCAACAAUGUCAUCAACACAGACUCAGCAUUCAUAUCAAGAGUCACCUCAACCUACUGAACUGAACCAGGCUACUUCGGACAUGGUUUCUCUAUCAACACCACAUUCAUCAGGUGCAGGCACAAAUAUGAGCGAUGCCGUCAAAGAGCUCGACACUGUAAAUCCUAAAAAGCGACCAUUAUCAGAUGAGCCUCACAAAUUCGAGACAGACGAUGGCUCAAGUCCACCUCACCCGAUAUCUACAAGUCAUGAACACUUGUCUCCACCAACACAGGAUUUAUUUCGUAUGCUUAUGGAAGAGCUUGAGACUCAAGCAGCGAUCCAGCGAGAUCAUGAUUUAGCAUCUUCGAACAAAUCUGAUAUUAGUGGGAAUACAAUGAACACGUCUGAGUUCUCUUUCCAUAACAAUCUUCAUAAUCAUCACUAUCAUCACAAUCGAUUGCCCCGUUUUGUCAUGGAUCCUUUUGAUGUCUUUAUCGAUUCAACUCAGACUUCCGAGAACCAACCAUCUGUAACAUCAGCACCCUCUAAUCCAGAGGAGGCUCAGGAGACAACUUCCUCAAUCUUGCCUUCACAUGAUCUCUCGCCGCCCACGCAGGAUUUAUUCCGUACGCUCAUGGAGGAGCUUGAGACCCAGGCAGCAUUUCAACGUGAUCAGUACAUGGCAGAGACUACUGGUAUACCAGCUAGAGUGGAUCCUGAGGAGUAUGUGUUUAAUGGACAGCACCUUAGACCAUUACCCCGCUUCAUGAUGGAGCCACUAGAUUUCUUGAACAACGAUUUUGAUUCCUGUCUGGAUCCCCAUGCGACAAAUGAAAGUGGAUCCAAUAGUGCGUACCCAUUCAGCUCAGCACAGGCUGCUACCACGGACGUCACUCUGACGGAGGUACCCAAUGAUACUAAUAGAUCAGUUGCCAAGCCUUCACGUCUCUUACCAGCGAGAUCUCCCCGCCCAAGGAAACACAAGGCAUAUAAGGCUAUUCUCCCACAGCAAUCAUCGUCUCCGACGCAUGAGCACGGCGCAAGCCAGAAUGAAGCUAGUGAACCAAGGACGGAGCAAACAGCGAGCUCGGCAAAGAGGCGCAAACUCAAUAAUACGAGCUCACCAUCCUUGGCCCCCUCUUCGCCAGCAUCCACACAGCUGGCUUCUGAUCCCACAGUCUCAUCUCCCGAGCCAGAAGCAAAGAGUAAUCAGGAGUCACAGCCUCCAGCGGAUGUUACAUCAGAUUUUUCUUCAUCACCUUUUACCGAUACGUCAGAAGGCCACAGCCCUGAUGAGUCCGUUGAAGGCGCAAACAUAUCAGCUAAGCGGCCAUGGACGUCCAAGGAUGAAGAACUAUUGCUAAAAUUGUUUGCAAUGCAAGUACCUAUUAAGGAAAUUGCACAAACCCUGAAACGCACUGUCCAUUCUGUGCGCUCCCGUCGACAAAUUUUGACCGACCCUGGGUUUGUAAGAGGAAAGGGUCAUGGUGUUUCCAGGCGCUGCAAGCAGGAUCCAGCAACGACGACUAAACUGCCAACCUAUGCACAAAUGGCAUUCCUUUCCUUGGCAUGGCUGCCGGAGUUGGAGGGGACAUUGAACGACGUUGCGGCCAUGGUAGAGAAGCUAUUCAGCCGUCAUUUGAACAGAAUUCCACGUACUGGACACAAAAAUCUUCAGAUUUGGAGGGCGCAGAUUUCGGAUGCACUAGCUCAUGAAAAGGGCCAGCCUAGGCCUCGCUUCGAGAGUUUUGGUUUAAAGCGUGGCAGGCAAUGGGUCUACCGCUUGACUGAUUUUGGUAAACACAUUGUGGAUGCAAUGGGCGGAGUUGAGGCUGUGUGUCAAGACCUACUGAAGAGCAAUGAGAUGGAGCUUGCGGCCUCAAUAGCUGAGAACACAACCGGAGGGCCUAACGGAACCAGCCAAGAUGCAAAUGGUUUAUCCAAGAGCGUUGGAUCUGGCGCUGAUGCUGGGAUCGGGCAAGGCCAGGGAUAUGGAUACAGCUACCGCCCUCCAGAUGCGCGACAAAAGUCUCGAAAACGAACUAGACCCCCAAGAUUGUCUGCUGCGCGGAGAAAACAGCUAGAGGAAUUAGCGAAGCAAGAGCCACGCCCGAAGGGUUCUGUAAGUGCGAUUGCCAGAGCCAUGGAGGCCAUGGCUGCGGGGUUGGCCAAGGUAGUGGCACAGGAGGAAGAGAAGGAUAGGAUGAUUGUAAAGAAAGCAUCAUAAGGCGAGACGCGAAUGAUGGGCGUAGCGCGUCAAGCAGGCGGUCUCCUUAAUUAGGAGCUUCAUCUUGUACCAUAGCACCAACAAGUAUAGUAGACUAGAGCUACCCUGUACAUGUAAAUAGUCGUAACGAAG